AUGGCUCACGGUCAGCUGCCUAACGACUCGUGGCAGAACGGCUCAGCCCCUCUCUUCACCGGCCUGGACCUCCUCCUGGAGCUGAAGCCCCUCUUCAUCCCGCUCUACGCCACGCUGGUGGCAGUGGCGUGCACGGGGAACCUCUUCCUCAUCCUCCUCAUCGCUCUCACCAAGAAGCUGCACUGCACCACCAAUUUCCUGAUCGGGAACCUGGCGGCGGCCGACUUCAUCAUGUGCCUCGCCUGCGUCCCCCUCACCGUCUCCUACGCCUUCGAGGUUCGGGGCUGGCUCUUCGGGAUGUUCAUGUGCUACUUCAUCACCUUGAUGCAGGCCGCCACCGUCUUCGUCUCGGUGCUGUCCCUCACCGCCAUCGCCAUCGACCGGUACGUGGUGGUGGCGUACCCUAUUCGCAGGAGGAUAAGCCGCAGGUCCUGCGUCUGCCUCGUGGCCUCCAUUUGGUUACUCUCCAUCAUGGCCUCUGUUCCCACGUCGCUGCACACCCACUACUUGGAUCUCAACACCAUCGGCCACGACAUGAUCAUCUGUGAAGAGUUUUGGAAGCACGAAGAGAGAGAGCGGCUGCUGUACUCGUGCUUGAUGCUCCUCUUGUCCUACAUGCUCCCGCUUUUGGCGGUAUCGGUCUCCUUCUGUGCCAUCACCUACCACCUGCGGAGGAGGAAUGUCCCGGGCGCUGCCUAUCCCUGCCAAGACAAAUGGACCAAAACGAAGCAGAAGACCUUCCGUGUGCUCACCGUCUCGGUCGUGUGCUUUGCUAUCUGCUGGCUGCCCCUCCAGGUGGUGAACUUCAUCAGAGACAUCGACGAGGAGUUCGCUAUCUUGGACAAGAGGUACGUCAACGUCAUCCAGGUCUCGUGUCACCUGAUUGCCAUGAGCUCUGCCUGCUACAACCCGUUCAUCUAUGCCUCCCUCCACAACAAGUUCUGGUUCCACCUCAGCAGCUACUUCUACCGUAAGAAGAAGAGCUCCAGCAUUAUGUCCUGCAAGGCUUCUCGAUUCAAUACCUGCUCCACCCUGGCAGAUGCUCCUACAGGGGUCUCGGAUAAGAUAGCUUUGCAAAUGAGAGUCUCUUAACUGAAGGACCCCAAGGGAUGGGUUUUGCUUUUGGACCUAGUGUGCGCUUUGCUUUAGACUGGACGUGGGAGCUGGUGGCCAGUCGUGGUGGUUUGUUGCUGUUCCCAGAAAAGGUCCCUCGUGCCUGGCAAGGAGAGCGAGCACCAGGGAACAAACCCAUGGGCUUUGUCUCCUCGAGGAGCGGCUCUUCUGAGCAGCUCAAGGACUUUUUGUCCUUUGGGGAAAACAAACCAGUGCAACAACAAACACUGCAGACAGGCAAAGGCAGAGUAAUUCGGAGCAGGACGUACCGGCUAGUCCACGUACAGACACGCUGGAG